AUGACCGACUUCGCCGCCAUGAAGCGCACUAUCGCCAUCAUAGGUUUGGUCGCCGUCGUCUCCUCGCAGUCAAUACCCGGCAUCCCAGACUGCGCCGCGCAUUGCAUCGACCACUCGCGGGCCGACUGGACGAACUGCGCUUUUGGCGGCUACCUCUGCAUAUCUUUCUCCCAACAGCUCUUCACGUGCUUUAGGUGGCGCUCGAACCCGCACCCCUACGGACGCUCCAUCACUGGGAACUAG